AUGUCACAGGAGCAAUUUACAGAGAAUUUGAAGGUGAUUGUAGCUGAAAAGCUGGGCACUUUACCAAAUUUUCAUGAGGAUAUCAAAUAUGUCGCUGAGUAUAUUGUGCUAUUGAUGGUCAACGGUGGUACUGUUGAGACCGUUGUACAGGAGUUAUCGACCCUUUUCGAUUCAGUUUCACCAGAUUCUUUGACCGAUGUAGUUCAAACUGCUUUCUUUGCUCUGGAAGCUUUGCAGCAAGGGGAGACGGUGGAUAGUAUUGUGUCCAAGAUUAGAGGUAGUGGAAGUGCUCCAGUUGUUCCUGAGCCACAGCAGGUUCAGCAGGUUCAACAAAUUCAGCAGCCUCAGAUGAUGGCUCAACAGGAAGCCCUUGCCGCUCAAGAGCCUCUUUCCGCGUUUGCCAAUUUUGUUCCUAAACAGCCAGUGGCUCAGCCAGAGCAAUCUAAUGAUAUGGGAUCACAAACUCAGUACUCACAAAAAGUUGGGGCUGUUGGGAAGCAACGUGGCGGCCGCGGUGGUCGUGGCGCAUCUCGCGGUGCAUCUCGCGGUCACAGUAGGAAUCAAAACGCUAGAUUCAACCCACUGGCCAAAGCUCUUGGAAUUAACGGCGACAACGGUAACGUCAAUUUUGUUCACCAAAAGAAGGAAGGUCGUUGUAGACUAUUUCCACGUUGCCCAUUGGGUAGAUCAUGUCCUCAUGCUCAUCCAACUAAGGUUUGUAACGAAUACCCCAACUGUCCUAAACCACCUGGAACGUGUGAAUAUUUGCAUCCAAAUGAGGAUGAAGAUCUGAUGAGAGAAAUUGAAAAGACUCGUGAAGAAUUUCAACAAAGAAAGGCUGCCAUCAUUGCUGCAAGGACUAAGCCAGUAUCAACUGGUAUUGUUUUAUGUAAAUUCGGUGCUUUAUGUUCAAACCCCAUGUGUCCGUUUGGUCACCCCACACCUGCUGAUGAAGAUGCUAAAGUACUGGAGCUACUGUGGUGUGCGGACAAUCUACAAUGUUCAGACAAGAACUGUAAGAAAGCUCACUCGUCGUUAUCCAAGAUAAGGGAGGUGGCACCAUUGGGCCAAAAGAACUUCAGCAGACCUGGACCAGCAGCUCCUCGCGCACAAGAAAAAUCAUUGGAGCAAUGUAAAUUUGGUACUCAUUGUACCAAUAAGCGUUGUAAAUAUAGACAUGCUCGUUCGCACGUUAUGUGUCGUGAAGGUGCUAACUGUACCAGAAUCGAUUGUUUCUUUGGCCAUCCGAUCAAUGAGGACUGUAAAUUCGGCAUCGAGUGCCGAAACGCAAACUGUCUCUUCAGACAUCCUGAGGGGAGAGUUUUACCCCAAAAGACGAAAUCCGCUGCAGGCAACCAGACGUUCACACCAACGGACAACAAUGGUUCCAACACAAGUCAAAGAAUGUUUGCUCUACCCGAAGGCGCCCACAUCGAAAAUGCAGGGAACCAAGCAGGUCUACAGUCGAUACAUGCCAAUGCUCAACCAGAUAACGAUACUGAUAUGAGUUAA